AUUGGUCCUCCUCCAAACCGGAUGUUUUUGUGUCUGAUGAACUCAUGGAUGAAGUGAGAAUAUUACUGUAAUGAUAUAGACGGUUUGUCACCAUGCUGCCUGACGCUGAAGGUUCGUGUCCGUUUGUAGAGGACAGUUUUAGUCGCUUCCCGUCACAGAGUAACAUAUACGGGCUGUGUGCAGCAGGACAAGACGAGCUGCUGGCCGCUACACUUAAAGGCAAAGUGCUUUGUUUUCGAUACCAAGACCUGCAGCAAAAAAUCCGCCCUGUGGCUAAAGAGUUGCAGUUCACUUACAUACCAGUUGAUGCUGAGAUUGUGUCUAUUGAUGCAUUUAACAAGUCUGCCCCUAACAGAGGCCUGGUGGUGGGAAUCACCUUUAUUAAGGACUCUGGUGAUAAAGCAACACCUUUCCUGAAUAUCUACUGCGAGUACGAGCCAGGGUCAGAGUUCAACCUGGAGUCCAUCGCUCAGAGCUGCUUGAACCUGGAGCUGCAGUUCACACCCUUCCAGCUCUAUCACACUGAGCUGCAGUUUGAAGAGGGUCACAGAGAGACGGUGUUCCUGCUCAGUGGACACGAUCAGCGCAUACACCUCUAUAAAGAAAAUGCUUCAUUACAUCAGUUUGAGGAGCAGCCAGUGGAGCGUUUCUUCCCUGAGCUGAUGGAUCUGCCCAGCAAUGUGUUGUGGAUGAACGUGUUAAGUAUUGAUGGUGGUCGCCGGCUCACGGCUUUUGGCUGUCAGAGCGGCUGUGUGGGGCUCGCACUCGUUAACCAGAAUGGACCUGAGAUCCUCCAGAGUUGGCGUUUGCAGCAGGACAGUCCCAUAUCCACAGUGUUACUCUUUCCUCUGAAGGUGGGGGCCCAGAGCAGCAACAUAGACGAAGAUCGGUCAAAUCAGGUAACAGAGUAUAACCUGUUGGUAAGCAGCACUGUUGAGAUGGCGGUGGUUUACAGAGAUGUUGAGCGGUGUGGGGUAAGCAAGCCAGUGUGUUUAGCAGGCAGUGAUCAGUGUGAUGCUGUGCUAUGUGCCCUCCUUAUCGACCUGGACUUUGACGGACAGCUGGAGGUGCUGCUGGGAACAUAUGGUCAGGACCUACUUUGCUACAAAUUCCAGCAGCUUGCAGGCAGCACAGAUGGGCGGUUCCAGCUCGUGUGGAGGCGUAGCUUCAAAAGCUCCCUGCUGUCAAUCAUCUACUUGGACCUAACUGGGGAUGGAUUGAAGGAGCUGGCCAUUCUGACUAUAAAAGGACUGCAUAUAUUACAGCAUAGUCUCAGCAGCACAGCUGAUCUCGUUCUGCAGCGGUUGGCCAGCAGAGUGGCGAAGCUCUCUACUGCCACUGAAAUCCAGUCAGUCACAAAUCAAGAUACUGAACAUACGAAGAAGAAUGAAGAAUGAUCACAUCAGGAACAAAUUUCAUCCUGAAAGCCUCCUGAACUGAUCUGCAACUGCACUACGGGAUGUGGGCUGCCAUUCUGGAUUUGCCACAGUCGCUACAGUAAUGUUAACAUUAGAACUCAACCCCUUGACUUGACUGUCAUUAUACGAGUGUUCAAGCGGCUGUGGGAUUGUUUGUUACCCACAAAGCACUGCAAAUAAACCAGACUUCACUGACAAGUGGCUGCCAGCGUCGAGUCGGUUUGCAAUCUAAUAUUUAAAUCAUUGUUAAAUAAAAUGCCGAGCAAUGACUGCUAUCCUCUCUUUCACAUAUAACUACGGGGCGUUGUUUUGUCACGUCUUCUACUUGUUUCAUGUUGAUUUCAUACCCAGUGAUAUUUGCUAACAGUAUUAACCAUUUGAUGACAUGCAGAAAUGUUUUUUUUUGUGUGCUGAAAUUUUUAAGCUGUCGUAUAUUUAUUCGAUAUGCUAUAAAUCGUAUAAAACAUUGCA